UGAAACAGCAGCAGUAAAAAUAAAAGUGAUUCUCAUAAAAAUUGCAAAUAUUUAUACAAAACAAUGUAUUGUCAAUUAAAAGUAAAGCAAUAAGUUAUAAUAUAUGCUAAAGUAACGGCUACAAUCAGAGAAAGGUUUUUAUGCCAAAUAAAAACAAGUGGAUAUUACUGGCAGAAUUGACAACAACGACGUUGAUGAAGAAGACCUCAGUUCAAGGAGGAAGCGAAGUCCAACAAACCAGUGUAGCUAAAUUUUAAAUUGAUAGUCACUUCAACAAUAAUUUCAAUACAUAGAUGUGCACUUUAGUGAAAUAACUUAAGAAACAAAUACUGUUUUUUGUUUAAAUAUAAAAAUAUGGCCGGCAGAAUGCGUAACACAACAAAAGUUGAGGCACUUAUUGAGAGCUGCCGCAGUGAAGGGAAAUGGCAACGGGUUAUCGAGCUGACUGAGGAGCUCAAAACUGGUUCGCCCAAUAAUGAAUGCCUUGCAAAUUUCCUAAUUGGAGAGGCUAAACUUGAAAACUACCUCGAAGAAAAUGCUCCCAUCGAAAGUAAUUUUGCCAAAGCCAAAAGUGGUCUGCAGGAUGCACGUCGCUGUUUACAUUUAGUUACGGGCGAAAGUGGACAAAAGGCGGGCAUAGCGUUAGAUGCAUAUUUGCUGUUGGCUAAGCUCUGCUAUGCUUGUGGCGAAUAUGAGAAAAGUUUGGAAAACUUUGUUAAAGCCGAGCUAAACACAUUAGCUGAAAAAGAAUUGACGCUACGCAGCCUGAAAAUAUUAGCUGAAUCAUAUGCCAUUAAGGGGUUGUGCCUGGAAAACCAAACCAGUAAACCUACGUCGAAAUUCAAAAAGGCCGAAAAGGAAGCAGAAAUGAUUACUUGCUUCGAGCGUGCCACAGAUUUGGGUUUACUAUAUCUGCAAGAACAGGAUAUUGCAUCAUAUUCUUCGGCGACUAAUAAUGCAGCCAAUGCCGGUUCAAUGCUAGCAAUAAAUUCCACUAGCAAUAUGGGUGGACUGCAAUCCUCACUAGGAGGUAGUAGCUUAACCAUAAGCACCACUAUACCUGCCAAUCCACUGGAACUUAAACGCCAUAUGGGCGCCAUACUCGAAACUGCAUUGCAGCGCGCGCCAAUUGUACUUAUCAAGGCGGGCAAAUUGCAGGAGGCAAUCGAACGCUAUCGCACCAUGUUGAAUGCCAUUGAAACGAAAAUGACACAGUCAUUACGCCUUACUUUGGCGCGACAGUUGGCCGAAGUGCUGCUGCGCGGUGUCUCGGGCACCAUUUAUACUGCACCCUUCACGAAAAAGCCAACUGGACAGGCACUGCGUUCGACCACAACGAAACGUUUGUGGAAACCGCGUAAAUAUGCAGCGCGCAAUCAAUUUACACCACGCAAUCAUCACGAAGAAACACUACUAUUGCUACUCAUAUCAGAGGCAUUAGCGGUGCGCGACACAGUGCUCUCUCAAAGCCCGGAAUUUCGUGUGGCACGCCAACAUGCUAUGGGUAAUGCCUCGGCGGUUUAUGAUCUGCUCACACUCGCCACCGUGCGUUGGGGUUUGGUGAAUAUGUUGCAGGAAUCCUUUGAGAAGGCAUUAAAAUUCUCAUUUGGCGAACAGCAUGUAUGGCGCCAAUAUGGCAUAAGUCUAAUGGCCGCCGGUAAGCAUGCGCACGCCUUACGUGUGCUACAAGAAUCCAUAAAAUUGACGCCAAGUGACCCAUUACCCUGCCUGCUGGCGGCGCGUUUGUGCUACGAGUCUCUGGCGUUAAUCAAAGAGGGGCUGGACUUUGCACAACAGGCGCUCAAGCGUGAAACCAAAGGCAUACGUCCAACGCGCAGCCAACUUUUCGUCGGUAUUGGUUAUCAGCAAUUAGCCAUAUUGACAACGCUCAAAUCAGAGCGUGAUGCCUACAAUAAGCAGGCAUUGGAUUCACUUGAGAAGGCUGUACAAAACGAUGACAACGAUCAUCUAUGCGAAUAUUAUCUAUCAUUGCAAUAUGCACUACUUGGUAAUAUCGCCGAGGCGUUAACACACGUACGCUUUGCGCUCGCCCUGCGUACUGAGCAUGCGCCCAGUUUGCAUUUAUUCGCUUUACUGUUAACCGCAUCGCGUCGGCCUCGUGAAGCAUUGGCUGUGGUGGAGGAUGCGCUCGAUGAGUUUCCGGACAAUUUGAAUUUACUGCAUGUCAAAGCCCACCUGCAAUUGCAUUUACAAGACGCCGAAUUAUCGCUGGUCUCCGUGCAAAAGAUGCUGGCCAUAUGGCGUGAAUUGUACGAGGGACAAGUGAGUGUGGAGGAGGAGAAGCAUUCGGAUACCAGAAGCAUUGUAGUGCACAUGAACCCCACGGCCGUGUCGUCGCAAAUGUCCGACAAAGAUUCAAAUUCGGUGUAUGCUGCUUCAUUGGCAGCAGUUUCGCGUGUUGAACAAGCUUUAAGUGAAGCGGCCAGCUCGCUGAGUUCUUUUACGCCACGUCCGGGACCACAGCGGCCAUGGAUGAUACAGAUUAAGAUUUGGCUGUUGCUCGCUGAUGCGUAUUUGAAUAUCGAACAACCGCAUGAGGCAUUAAAUUGCAUACAGGAGGCAUCGCAAAUCUAUCCGCUUUCACAUCAAAUUAUGUUUAUGCGCGGUCAAAUUUACUUAUAUCUGGAGCAGUGGAACGAUGCGAAACAGUGUUUCCUUAAUGCCGUUUCGGCCAAUCCAAAUCACACAGAGGCAUUACGUGCGCUCGGCGAGACGCAUCAUGUACUUGGCGAACCACGUCUGGCGGAGAAAAUGUUAAAGGAUGCAGCGCGCUUGGAUCCCAACUGUCCCAAGAUAUGGUUCAGUUUGGGCAAAGUUAUGGAGACACUGGGUGAUUACACUGCCUCUGCUGAUUGUAUGGCGACUGCAUUGCAAUUGGAGCCUACAUGUCCUGUACUUCCAUUUACCUCAAUACCGCUGACCUUCGAUUGAGUGCGACAAGCGUUGUUACAAUGUAUGCGAUUUAUAUUAUUUAUAAUGUUGGCAAAUUGUGCAGCGAUUUAGCAGCACUUACUCUAUAUAUACAUUACAUUAGUAACUAACUGAAACAACAUAUAAAAAUGCAGUUGAUUGAACACUUA